AUGGUUUUACAAGCAACUGAUGAGAAAAAAAACUUACUGAUGCAGAAGGCAAAAAUAACGUGGUUGCAAGUUGGAGAUGGGAAUAAUUCAUAUUUCCAUGCAAUUGUCAAAGGUAGAAAUAAGGAAAAUAUAAUUCAUCGGAUUAUGGAUAUAAAUGGUGACACAAUGACUGACUUCAAGGAGAUGGAGAGGGAAGUGUGGAGAUACUAUGGAGAUUUGGAUGGCAAGGCUACCCGUGAGUUACUCCAUGUGGACAUUGAAGCUUUGAGAAAUGGACCACAACUUCAUGAGAAAUACUACCAUGAUCUAACACAACCUAUCACUAAAAUAGAAGUAUGGAAAACCCUCAUGAGUAUUGGAGAUACGAAAGCUUCGGGAAUAGAUGAUUUUAAUGCAAAGAUCUUUAAAGCUACUUGGAGAAUCGCAAAAUAUGAUAUUAUGAAGGCAGUGAAAGACUUCUUUGAGAAUAAUAGAAUCUAUGUUGUAGUAAAUUAUGCAUUGGUUACAUUAUUCUAA